UGCAGCUCAUCUGGUGGAGUAAACCGGUAAGGCCAAGCUGUCCAGGAGAUACGACUGUUCAGUAGUCCAGAAGAGAAAUACUAAAAUGCAGAAGAUAAUGUUUUUGUGGGCCUGACAUAUCAAGACCUCCGUGGACGAAUCACUUCUGCGCUUGUAAUAAUUACAUUUUAAUCUCGAAGCAGCUUUCUACAACAAACAUGGGAUUUUGGGUUAUUUUACCAAUAAUUCUGUGUUCUGUCUCAUUCGUCGGGUGCUGGACAGUAUACGGACUUGCAUUAAGUUUCAACCAUGUCUGUUCACUUAGUAACUGGAAAUACAGAAAUUCUUGUCACACAAAUGAAACAGGGAUGUGCUGCACCCUGGAUAAUGUACCCACCAUAAGCACAAGUGGAGCAAACUUUCCAGAAAACUCUCUUUUCACAGCAACAAUCAAUGCAGGGUCAUUUUUGUUUCUGAUUUUCUGCAUUUUUCAUCAUGCACACAUUCUGGACCAGAGCAGUAUGCAUUCUCUCCUUAGUAAGAUUGGUCUGGUUUUAGGCUGUGUGGCAUCCAUGGGUGCUUUCAUGGCUGGGAACUGCAAUCCAGUAGAACUGUUGUUGCUCCAUUACUUGGGUGCUGCACUGAGCUUUGUGUGUGUGUGUCUCUACAUAACCAUCCUGACCUCCCUCACAAGCAAAUGUAUGCUGACGGGGUUUGAAUGGUUACUUUACCCCCUACGGAUCCUCUCCGCAACAAUCCAGAUUUCUGCUACCAUCCUCUACUGCAUCUUCUUCAUUCAAGAGGAUUCUUUCUACAAACACAUCUCUGCUGUGUUUGAAUGGAUGCUCAGUCUAAAUCUGGAGCUUUAUGAACUCAGCUAUGUUGUGGAGUUCUUCUACUUCUCAUCCUCAAUGCUCUCAGCACUUUUAGCAAAGAAAGAAGAGGAGAACCCUCUGAUUCUGACUUGAUUUACAGCUACAGCUUGACUUUUUUAUUCCGUUACGGAAUCAGAGUUCAUUAAAGGGAGUUUAAAUUAUCACCUCAUUUAAAUAGUAAGCCUAAUCAAGAGACAUAAAGAACAACGUUCCCCUAGAAAGGGGUUGCACUUUUCUUUUAAGUUGCAAUAGGCACCCUACUUCAUAUGCUAUUGCAAACACCAGAUUUAUUUUGGAGCAGGAUAUUUUAUUUAUUUUUUGGGAAGGGGCAAUGGAAACUAUACUGACAGGCACUUUGGAGAUCUUUCCUCGUUUCUUUGUAACCUUUUUACUUGGCGAGAUACAUUUUUGGAAUUUUAUAGAUAUUACUAAUGCAAUCUAUGACAUUAGCUCAAGGCUCACAUAUACUGUAUGUGUUAACGGAUGUUUGGUCAGUACAUGCUGCUUAAAUAAUCAUACAGUGUUUGCAUCACAAAAUCAGGAAUGUUAAAUCAGUGGCUGGCAGGAAAUGUAUAUUUGUCAGUGAUGAGGGUUUCAUAAGGUCCUUAUUUAAACAGAUAAGUAUAAUCUACUCCUUAUUCAUAGUUGAUUUAUCUUCAGUUAUUUUUCACAAUCCCUUUCUCUGUCAGAACUUCAGUUAAUUCUUAUCUAUGUGAAUUCAUGUACAAUGGGCCACUUAUUUGACAGAAAUCUUGAUCAAAAUGUGGCCCAAUUUACCUAAAGUUUUCUGGAUAAGACAGUUGUCAAGCUUAAAGCUUGAUAUAGAUUCAUAUUUAAGGAGAUGGCAAUUAAUAAUAAUUUUCCUGAUCUAUUGUUGAACAGAGAUCUUGUACAUCUGUAUGACAGUUAUUUAAUAUUUAAUAGUAUUUGUAUAGUUGGUAUGAUUGUGUGUACAUUGAGAUGCACUUGCUGUUAUGACUCGUCUACAAGCAGACUUUGGUUGGAGUUGCACUUACUUGGUUUAGAAAUAAAUGA